AAAAUAGUUGGGCUGGCAACCCUGGUAAGAAGAAAAAGAGGAGUGACUGUGACUAAGUCUAAUGUAAGAAAAGUGUGUGAAACGCAUAAAGAAACAAGGAUUAUUGGAUUUUACAUCACACAUAACUCAUCAGGAACAAGGAUCCAGAAGUGAAUUUAUAAAAACUAAUACAAAAUGGGUGCAAGAGAAGACGAAUACGAUUAUCUGUUUAAAGUUGUCCUUAUCGGAGACUCUGGUGUGGGUAAAAGUAAUUUACUUUCACGUUUUACGCGCAAUGAAUUCAAUUUGGAGUCCAAGUCAACGAUUGGUGUUGAGUUCGCAACGCGCAGCAUAGAGGUUGAUGGCAAAACAAUUAAAGCGCAAAUCUGGGAUACGGCCGGACAGGAGCGUUAUCGCGCUAUUACCUCUGCCUAUUAUCGCGGUGCUGUUGGUGCUCUGCUGGUCUAUGACAUUGCCAAGCAUUUGACAUAUGAGAAUGUGGAGCGAUGGCUGCGAGAAUUGCGUGAUCAUGCCGAUCAAAAUAUUGUCAUUAUGUUGGUGGGCAAUAAGUCCGAUUUGAGGCAUUUGCGUGCAGUGCCCACAGAUGAGGCGAAAUUGUUUGCCGAGCGUAAUGGCUUGAGUUUCAUAGAAACCUCAGCUUUAGAUUCAACAAACGUUGAAACGGCAUUCCAAAAUAUACUCACAGAGAUCUAUCGUAUUGUGUCGCAGAAACAAAUUCGGGAUCCACCGGAAGGUGAUGUCAUUCGUCCGUCGAAUGUGGAGCCCAUCGAUGUUAAGCCGACUGUCACAGCCGAUGUACGCAAACAAUGUUGUCAGUAGCGCGGGGGGGGUAGGCAGUUAUCAUCUACCAUUAACAGCAACAACCACCAGCAGCAGCAGCAGCCAGACAACAUCAAACAAAACAACAACAAAACCAACAAUAAUUAAUUACAACUACCAACAACAACCGAAUGCAUAAGAUUUUUAUUAUGUAUGCGUUAUUUUUUCUUUCUUGUUUUUCAAUCAGCCACAGCAUUAUUCAACAUUAAAAAGAACAACAAAUGGACACCAUCCGGCUGUAGUUAACUGCGGUUUAAACUGAACUUUUAUACAAAACAAACAAACAAACGAAUAAAAAUAUAUAAAGACCGAGGAAUAAAUAUCGCGAAAAAAACAAAAAUUUAAAAAACAAAACUAAGAAGAAGAACACUCCAAAUUCAGUUUAAGCUGUAGAACUAUAAUUUAUAUAAAUAUAUACAUAAUAUGCUAAUAUUAAAAAUAUUAAUAUUAUUAAAUUUUUUCGUCGCCACAUAAAUAUAUAGUUGUAAAACAAAUUAUAAUGAUGAUGAUGAUGAAACAGUUUCUUUCGGCCUAAUUGCAAAAAAUGUUGCCACAUACAUACCUACAUACAUAUAAA